AUGGACACCUCCUCGCCCAGCAUAACCAAGGCCAAGCGCGACGAGCUGAGCCCCUCCGAGCUCAGCCUCCUGGUGAUCAUGAUCAGGAACCAGAUCACUCCCGCCGGAGUCGCCCGCGACUGGAAGGACAUGAAGAACUUUGGACACGUUGCCAACCUGUGGAGGACGAAGACCAACUCAUCGGACACCGACGAGCAGGUCCGCGAGCUCGGGUACGGCGUGAUGCGCCAGGGGAUCAACAUGGGGCUCCUUCAAAAAGACAAGGAUGGCCAGGAGUCGUGGGUCGACUACGUGCGCGAAUGCACCAACGGCCGAGAUCUUCGGGAGGCGAUCGCCUCUGGCCCCGCGAAGAGCAAGUCCAACCCCAGCGGACAUGGAAACGAUGGAAAGGGCAAGGGCCGCGCGCAGAAGAGACUCAAGUCGACAGCCCAGCCAGAUUCCACCAACACCGGCAGCAAAGAAUCCAGCAAGACCGCACACAAGCCUGGUCAGAUCAACCAGAAAGCGCAGGCCGACUCGAACAAAAACGCCGUCAAGAAACCCACGGCAGUGCCCAAACCACCAGCACUCGCCAGCGACAAGGAGAAGGCUACAGCUACGGCUCCUCACCGUCCUGCUGCCGCCCAGGGUGUCAAAGAGUGGUUGACAAUCUAUCCUGCCGAGGGCGACGCAUCGCGCAGCGGUUCCGGUUCAAGCACAAAGGUCUCACAGAAUCUGAAGGAACAGGCACAGCUGCUGGGGCUCGUGGCAAUGGGAAAGCUGAGCGCUGACGGACAGAAGCGGCUCAAGAAACUGCAGGAUGAGUACCAGGAAGCGAUGAAGGGUGGAAGUGAUGGUGGCAGCAAGGGUAGCCUGUAG